CAUGUACAUGUACAUGUAUAUACAUGUAUGUCUAUGGCAAGUUGAUCCAGCAUUUAAACACACUGUGUGAGUGACAUGAUAAUAAAGAUACCUGCAUGUUCUUUAUAGAUGGAGAACUGCUGUGCUUUCAUUCAUUCCACUUUCUUGUAUAAUUGUAGCACACACCCUUGGUCAUAAUGUCAUUAACAAGUAAAAGCAUUUUAUUCAUUGCAUGGCUUGAAACAAAUACCCACAAAAAUUUUCUCCUAUAAUAUGGCGAUGGUAUAAUUAUCAUUGCCACAAUUAUAGUAAGGGUAUUUAAUUCAGUUUAUUGUUAUUGAUUUCAUCAUGUUUUUAAUGGCAUGUAGAUUGUGUUUCUGUAAAGAUAUACUAUGAAAACUUGGUGGUGUCAAUAAACAAUGAAGAACCAAGUGACAACAACAAGAUGACAGGGUUGUGUUUCUGUAAUAGACUCGCAUAGCCAGACCCACCCUUUGGUCCUCUGGGAUGUUAUGAAACUUUGUGGUGUUGCAAUGAAGAACCAAUUAAUAACAACAAAAAGAUCACAGGGUAAUUGUUAUCGUAUUUUACUAUUAUUGCUUUCAAUAAUUAUAAUUAAGUAAGCAUAAUAAUUGUUUUUGGACAGUACUUACUUGUAUUGAUCUCUGAUGUCAUUAGUGCAGUAUUUUGAGAGUUUAUUGUGUCAAAAAUCCAAGUUUGUUUAGCCCAGUAGUGUUUGUUCUAGUGUUUAGAUUGUCAUAGUUUAAACAGAUUCUUUGUUAUGUAAACGAAUAGCAUAUGCUAUUGUCAUCCACAAUGGGCACAAUAUUUAAGUGGCUCUUGUUGAAACAACAGUAUCAUUUUAAACCUUGUCCCUGGAAAGCGUUAUGAUGCUGUUUAAAGUUCUACUUUGCUUUACUUUGAUGCUCGUUUGCUACAAUGUAGAGGGUUUUUAUGCAGACAAUGGCAUGGAGGAUUAUAUUGGGGACCUGAAGGAUAAUGCUGUGCUUGAUGAAGAACUUGCAGAAGCUACUGAUACACUCAGAGCCAGUUCAGAGGAAGUGAUUUACAAUGCAACUGCUGCAAACAUUUGGUAUCGGAAUAGGCACGGAGCUAAUUCAGAAAGAUUCAUUUGCACUGUUGGCCCACAAAUAAGGAAAAUUUGUGGCUUUAAGUAUCCUUUUAAUAUUCGUAUAACUGAAAAGGGCAGAGUGUAUGUAACAGAAUACGGGACUAAUUAUAUUCAUAUACUAAACUUGGCUGGUACUCAUAUUAAAAAGUUUGCAGUUCCCAAGGGUCAUCCAACUGGAGUGUUCACUAGAGGGAAUAUUGUAUACGUGACAAACACUGCAGAUGAAGUGUAUAAAUAUACACUUAAUGGAGAGUAUCUUGAAGCGAAGUAUUUGAAGGGAGCUGUGCCCAUUUCAAUUGCUUUAGACUAUGAUGACUUAAUGUAUGUAUGCAAGUGGCAUUCUCGUAAUAUACAAGUGUUUCAUAGAGAUGGUACUGCCUCUCAUGUCAUCUCAUACUCUGGAAUGCGUCCACGCAUACUUCAUUUUGAUGAGAGUGACAAUCUUUAUGUUUCUGACCAUUAUAAGAAGGUUCUGUAUGUUUUCAAUAAAUAUGGUAAAUUUUUACGCAAAGUAUCAGUACCCUCAAAACUUACUGAUGGGUUUGCAAUGGACAGAGCUGGUAACAUUUUUGUACCUGAUCGUACUAAGAAUGCUGGAAAACUUUUCAUCUUGAAUAAUGCAGGAAAGGUACUGAAGACUAUUGGGGGAAUGGUUGGUGCUUCUGAUGUUGCUAUUGCUCCUGAUGGAACAGUUUGGGUUGUUGAUUUUGAAGGAGGUUGCCUGCUUCAUUAUUAAUGACUAACUCACGUCAGCCAGUAGUAGAGAUGUAGUGCAUGCAUUAAUUAUUUAUUCUUAUUAUUUUUGUAGCGAUAUUUAUUUGAUUCUUGUAGUUUUAAAAUAAACAUGAUUAUUAUAACACUGUGUGGGUUGAUGUGGUUUAUUUAAUUAAAAAGUCUAAAAUAGCAAAAUCACACUGCAGCAAAAAAGGAUCAAUUAAAAUUGUAGCAAUGUAAAGGUAGCAGCCAUAAUUAACAGCAUAAACUCUUAGCAUUGAUAUUUUUACACUCAGUUAAGUUUUGUCAAGGAUCUAAAAUUUGUAGUUCAUCUCUGAAGUUGACAUCAUCAUCAGUAUCAUCUGUUUUCUUAAUAAUAUCCAUAUCAUAAUAGCUUGUUGAUGCUACAUAAGACUCUGUGGAAGGUUCACGAGAACUCUCCAUAUUCAAAGAAUGAGAAUUGCUAAACUUAAAGCUAGUAAGAAAUGAUUUUCUGGAAUUGGUAUCAUGAUGGUUUUGUUUGCAGUACUUCUUUAAAGCCAGGCUACAAAAGAGGAAGAUGAAGAUGAAGAUAGGAAGAUAAACAAAGAACAGUUGAAUGUAUCCUGUUAAUAUCAUCACAUUACGCUCAGACUGUGAAAUGGAUUCAACAUAACGGAUCAAUGUUAGAAUAUUUAUCAUUCCAAGGAGGAGGAACAAGCAUCCGUCAAUGUUGUUAUGAAAUUUUUUUCUGUAUGGCUGAAACUUUAAAUGAACUGCUGUCAUUAUCAUGACUACGACCUGUGCUAUGGCUA